GAACACUUCCCCCCCCCCUCACGCUCGGGAGUUCGAUCCUUAUGCGCGUGUUUCACGCGUGAACUUAAAAGCUGCAACCAAUGAGCCUGGAUGGAAUCGAAAAAGGACACCUUUGAGUGUGAGCUGUGUGGAUUAACAGCCCCCUACAGCUACUAUGGACAUAAACCUCCCAAUGCCUACUCAGUCACCCUCCUGGAAGACUGUUACGUUAUGAAGGACCCGUUCAGCCCAGACAAGGACAGAUUCCUUAUCCUCGGAGCGCAGUGUAGUGUGUGUCACAAACGGGUGUGUGUUGGUCCGCAUCCCCAAGGUCGUGGGGUCAAAGUUCAACUGCUUGCCAGCUGGCAUGGAUUCAUGACCAUCAGAGGUGAUAUUCAGCAGGUUCUGACCAGUUCUGGAGAACCAAUAGCGGAAAUUUUGAGUGGUUUGGAGGACCGGCAAAUCCCACCUCUGACUGGCCCAACCCCCAUCCGACAACGUCUUAAUUCACACCUUCAGUUGUAG